AGCAGUAGUGAAGAUGAGGGAAGUGACAACGAGGAAGAAGAUGAGGAUGGAAAGACCAUUCGUAAUGCUAAUGUGGCUGAGCCUGAGAUAGACUACAGUGCAGAUGGAACAUCUGUAAACACAGGACCAAAGGGUGUGAUCAAUGAUUGGAGGAAGUACAAGCAGCUUGAGGUGGAGCAGAAACAAGAACAGAAAAAAGAAAUGGAGAGAUUAAUCAAAAAACUAUCUAUGACUUGCCGCUCAGACCUAGAUCAAGAAAAAGACAAAGAGAAACAAAAGGAUAUACAAGACAAGAUCAAAGGCAAGAUGACUAUGCAAGAGUAUAACAUGCUCCAGGAAGAGCAGGAUGAUGAAGACUUCCUUCAGCGGUACCGCAUGCAGCGCAUUGAAGAGAUGCGUCGACAGUUUUGUCGAGGGAAGCGCUUUGCACAAGUCUAUGAGCUCAGUAAUGGAGAGGAGUUCUUAGAGGCUUUGGACAAAGAGGACAAAAGCACUCUUGUUAUGAUCCACAUUUAUGAAGCAGAUGUCCCAGGGUGCGAGGCCAUGAGUGGCAGCCUCAUCUGUCUGGCUCAGGAAUACCCACUGGUCAAAUUCUGUAGUGUCCGCAGCUCAGCCAUCAGCACCAGUGCGAUGUUCAGGGACAGCGCUCUUCCUGCCCUGCUUGUUUACAAAGCAGGGGACCUCAUUGGCAACUUUGUACGUCUCACAGACCAGCUUGGGGAAGACUUCUUUGCUGUGGACUUGGAGGCUCUAUUGCAAGAGUAUGGCUUACUACCAGAAAAGCCACCUACUGUCUCAACAAUUCGUAAUGGGGCUAUUGUACAGACCGUUCAGAGUGAUGAUGACUCUGACCUUGAUAUAGAUUAGAUUUUUAAAUGGGGAAGGAGCAAUACAUCCUCUGUACAUACACUGUCUGCAUGGUGUGUUGAUUUGUUCUGUCUGUAAAAUAUAUAAUUACAGAUACAAUAACUGCACUUAACUUAGAGGCAGGUUUCUAAGGUAGUUGUGUGCAUUUUUUAUUUAAACUGACAAGGUAAAUGCUUAUAUUUGAAAUAUGGUUGCCAUUCUCUAGUUACUUAAAUACUACUACUUGUAGAGGAUAAAUUAUAAACAUCAAUUGUAUGUGUUAUUUUUAACAUUAUUUGUAAUGUGUUGUAAUUUGUAAAUAAAAAAAGAUUAAGCUUUUGAA